ACUGUCGUGCCAGGGCAUAGCGCUGCUGUGAGCAGACAGAGAGCAGCGUGCAAGUCUGUGUCUGCUGGAGUGAGUCUGUGUGUGUGCUGCCUGAGGGUGAGUCUGUGUGUGUGCUGUCUCAGGGUGAGUCUGUGUGUGCUCCCUCGGAGUGAGUCUGUGUGUGCUGCCUGAGGGUGAGUCUGUGUGUGGUGCCUCGGAGUGAGUCUGUGUGUGCUGCCUGAGGGUGAGUCUAUGUGUGGUGCCUGAGGGUGAGUCUGUGUGUGCUGCCUGAGUGUGAGUCUGUGUGUGCUGCCUGAGUGUGAGUCUGUGUGUGCUGCCUGAGUGUGAGUCUGUGUGUGCUGCCUGAGUGUGAGUCUGUGUGUGCUGCCUCGGGGUGAGUCUGUGUGUGCUGCCUGAGGGUGAGUCUGUCUGUGGUGCCUCGGGGUGAGUCUGUGUGUGCUGCCUGAGGGUGAGGGUGAGUCUGUGGGUGCUGCCUCAGGGUGAGUGUGUGUGCUGGCUCGUGGCGAGGGUGAGCCUGUGUGUGCUGCCAGAGGGUGAGUUUGUGUGCUGCCUGAGGGUGAGGGUGAGUCUGUGUAUGUGCUACCUCGGGGUGAGUCUGUGUGUGCUGCCUCGGGGUAAGUCUGUGUGUGCUGCCUGAGGGUGAGAGUGAGUCUGUGUGUGCUGGCUCGGGUGAGGGUGAGUCUGUGUGUGGUGCCUCAGGGUGAGGGUGGUGAGUGCACCGGCUCGGAGUGAGGAGGAUGUGGGAGCUGCUGGGCUCCCUGCUGCUGCUGUUGUGCGCCGCGUGCUGCGCCCUGUGGGUGCUGCGGCGGCGCGCGCGCUCCGCACUCGACGCCUUCCCGGGACCGCCCGCGCACUGGCUCUACGGGCACGCGCACCUGCUUCCAGAUGACGAGCAGUGGCUGCGGAAUCUUUUGAAGCUGUUCCGCGAGUAUCGCUACGUGUUUCCCAUGUGGUUUGGUCCGUUCAUAUCAACAUUGCAAAUCAGUCACCCGGACUAUGCCAAAGCCAUCAUCAGCACUGCAGAACCAAAGAAUGACCUCGGAUAUGUAUUCAUCAUUCCAUGGAUCGGAUUGAGUCUCCUCACCUCAUCUGGUCCAAGGUGGUUCCGGAGUCGCCGCAUGCUCAGCCCCGGCUUCCACAUGGAGAUUCUGAAGCCCUACGUAUCUCUCAUGGUGGAGAGCACCCAAGUGCUCAUCGACAAAUGGGAGAAGAAGAUGGAGACGGAGAACUUGUUUGACGUGUUUGAGGACAUCAGCCUCAUGAUGCUGGACAGUAUUAUGAAGUGUGCCUUCAGCUACCGCAGCAGCUGCCAGACGGACAGUGACAACUCCUACGUGUCGGCGGUGUUUGAUCUCACGGAAAUGGUGCACCGUCGGAUCCGGAUCUUCCCAUACCACUUUGAUGUCAUCUUCAACCUGAGUCCACUGGGAUUCCGCUUUCGCAAGGCGUGUAACAUCGCACACGAACACACAGCUAAAGUGAUCAAAGAACGCAAGGAGGCCUUGCGUGGGGAAGAUGAACUGGAGAAGAUCAAAGCAAAGCGGUACCUUGACUUCCUCGACAUCUUGCUCAGCGUGCGGGAUGACAAGGGCAAUGGGCUGACCAAGGAGGACAUACAGGCCGAGGUGGAUACCUUCAUGUUUGCUGGCCAUGACACUACAGCCAGUGGCCUGGCCUGGGCCCUACAUGCCAUGGCUCACAACCCUCACCACCAGGAUGCUUGCCGUGCCGAGGUCACAAGCCUGCUUGCAGGCCGAACCUUCCUCACCUGGGACGACCUUUCCCAGCUGUCCUACACCACCAUGUGCAUCAAGGAGUCGAUGCGCCUGCAGACCGCGGUGCCCGCCAUCUCCAGGAAGACGAGCAAACCAAUCGCCUUGUGCGACGGGCGCGUCAUCCCCACAGGAACCCGAGUUUUCAUCAACAUCUUCUGCUUGCACAGAAACCCAGAGUUCUGGAAGGACCCAGAGGUUUAUGACCCUCUGAGAUUUUCUCCUGAAAACGCAGCCAAUCGCCACCCCUACGCGUUCAUCCCCUUCUCGGCCGGGCCCCGCAACUGCAUUGGGCAGCACUUUGCCAUGAACGAGCUGCGCGUGACGCUCGCCCUGAUUCUCUCACGGUUCCGCGUGCUGCCGGGCCCCGUGGAGGCGCAGCCCGUGCCGCGCGUCGUCAACCGCUCCACCACGGGCUUCCAGCUGCAGCUCGAGAGAAUCCCGCCACUCGCCGAGUAGCAGCGACGCGCUCCGUCCCCAUCUCACAUCACACCGAGCGCAGAGCCCUCUCCAUGCUUCUCACUCUCACAUUCACUCUCUGUGGAACUCUGUUCCCAUCACACACACUCACUGUGGAACUCUCUCCCCAUCUCACACACUCACUGUGGAACUCCCUGUCAUACACUCGGGUGAGACUGAUGAUGGUGAGAUGUCUUUUUCUAUAGUUCACACACGUGCCCUGCUUGUGCAACACUCUAGGUUCUAGUAACUGAUGGUAUUAGAUAACUCGUGUUGUGUGGUAUGAGAGAUGCCGACAGCUUGGGAAAGCCUUGAUCCAACAGUGGAUAGAUAUAUAUUGCUUGAUUAGUAAUGUGUUGUCUCUAUAGUCCUGCAUGAAUAAAAUAAUAAAAAAUAAACCAUGCUCUCAAA